AUGUUUUAUUACAAAUUAUUCGUUGCUUUGCUCGUUAUUGCGAAUGGUUCGACAAAACCAACAGCAAAUCAACCUGACCGGUGUUGUUUUCCAAAACGAUUCAGUUCAAAAAUAUUUGUUACAUCUCAAACUCGAUUACCAGACGGAGCAAUUUCGACAUCUUUCUUUGAAUAUGAACAAGCACGAGAUGUUGAAAAUGGGUUAUUUGCCACACGAGGACCAACAGUAUCUGAUCCAAACCAUGGGUAUUCCCCUUUUUGGUACCUUUCUGAUUAUAAAAAUAAUGUUCGAUAUACUAUCUUUCCUGGUACCAACGCUUGUGUCAAAGAGAUAAUAACUUAUCAACAUGAAGAUUGCAUUUUGGAAAGCGUAUCCUAUGCAAACUCAUCAAUGUAUAAUGAUAAUGGAAAAGAAGUUCUUGCUGAUACAUGGAUCAGUGAUAAGUUUGGUAUUAUUAGUUAUCAAAAAAUUAGCCGAGAUUCGUGUAUUACAUUAGAAUCAGGUAUCAACUUUGAAACCAUCGGGCAAACUUCUACAUCGGUAACAAAGGAUUUUUUAGAAGAUAUUGUAGAUCCAAAGAUCUUUACUGUUCCACCCGAAUGUCAGUAA